AUGUCGUCGCCUAAGCCUUCCGCCGGCGUAGAGGAACCGGUAACUCAGUCGCCGAAGCCAGAGUCACCGAAACGCGACGGCGCGUCCGAAUCUGCGGAGGAGACUUCUGAUCGCGAAUCUGGAGAGGCUUCCGAGUCGCCAAAAGCCCACAACAGCGAUGCCGAUAAGGAUGCGCCACCUCUACCAAACGAACCAGCACCAGAUGGGCCACCCCUACCAAACGAACCGACACCGGAUGGACCGCCUUUGCCUAGCGAACCUUUACCUUCUGGACCGCCGCUGCCUGCUGAGCCUGCGCCGAAACAAGAGGAUGACGGUUGGGAUUGUCAGUGGGACCCAAACACACAGGCUUGGUUCUUUGUGAAUCGCUUCACUGGUCAGUCUCAGUGGGAUAACCCACGAGUCGCCAUAAGCGCUGUAGUACCGGCCGCUCCAGGUGUUCCCCAACCUCCAGCAUCAGAGAAACCUGCAGCCGGAGGUUACAACCCAGCCAUCCACGGCGACUACGACCCGAACGCUUGGUACGCUAAAGGCAACAACCAAGACGACGAAGCCGCAACCACAGGCGCCGCUGUUGACCCUGCCGAGGUGUACGCUGCAACAGCUACGUUUAACCGCUUCACCGGCCAGUUCCAAACAGCAGGUGAAGGGCCUGAGCGCCACAGCGAUGAGGCCAAGUCAAAGCGCCAGAUGAACGCCUUCUUUGACGUUGAAGCCGCUGCCAAUUCCCAUGACGGUCGCAGCUUAAAGGCCGAGCGUUCAGGGAAGAAGCCUUCCAAAGCUGAGCUGAAGCAGUUCAAGGAAAAGAGACGAGCUCGCAAGGAGGAGAAGCGUCGCGCUUGGUUGCGUGACUGA